CGCUACACUUGUUCCAGAACCUUCGCUUCAGACUUCAGAGAGAGAGCGAAAGCGAGAGAGAGGAAGAGAAGUUUCUUUGAUUUAUAUAGGAAUCGGAUUGGACAGCGGUUGGGCCUGGAUCACUGCGAAAGAAGAGCCUGAAGCUUUGGGCUGGGCUUCCCUCCAACAGCCAAAUUGUAGUAGAUCCGCUCAUACACAACUGGAUUUGGAGCAGUUAGUUAUCAUCUUCUCUCUCUCUCUCUCUCUCUCUCUCUCUCUCUCUCUAGGGUUUUUGGCAGUAAAAUAGUUAUGUUUGAAGCACAAAACCCAGUUUUGCCUGUCUUUGUGUUAUAGUCAUCUGUAACCCUGCCUCAUACCAACUCUCUCUCUCUCUCUCUGGCAGCUUUUCCGUAUGCUGCGUUUUGCGGUGUCCGUUGUGGAAGUGUAUACUGGCAAUGAUAUGGAGAUUGAGUUGGAAAUCAUUACACUCCGCUUCUCGUCGAACCAUGAAAACACCGUCUUUCGCGUCAAUUGACUACAACCUUUCAUCACCAAUUGGAUGUGCUAUUAUUAACAAGCUUCAAACUUUCUGUACCGCAACACACUCUCAACAAAUCCAUUAUAGUUACAGAACAACCAUACUCACACCUCAAUUAGUUCAAUCCACUCUUCACAACUGCCCUUCUGACUUGAUUGCUCUCAGCUUCUUCUUCUGGUGUGCUCGCCAACCUGAUUAUUUCCACAAUCGAGCUGCGUUCGAUCACAUGGCUGAUGUAGUCAAUCGGCUCCUCCAACGAUUGCCUACAGUGAAUCGUAUUAUUAAUCAAUUAGAGGGAAUUGGAUGUGUCACAAAGCCACAAACUUUCUUGCUUUUGCUGAGAAUUUUUUGGCACGGAGGAAUGUAUAAUUUGGCCUUUGAGGCUUUUGAGGGGAUGAUAAGUUAUGGUUACACCCCAAAUACUUAUGCACGUAAUAUUUUUAUGGAUGUGUUGUUCAAGGUUGGACGCUCUGAUGUCGCCCUUCAAUUGCUGAAGGAGACUGAGGACCUGAAUUUCUUGACAUUUAGCAUUGCGAUUUGUAACUUAUGCAAGCUCAAUGAUUUGAUAAAUAUCAGGGAUGUGCUCAGGAAAAUGUUGAGGAAGGGGUAUUAUCUCAAUGCAGGUAACUGUUCAAUGGUGAUGAACUGUUUUUGCAAAGUGGGUAGGUUGGCAGAGGCAUUGCAACUGUUGGCUCUGAUGAUUUGUCAGGGUAAUACUAUCUCUGUGACUGUUUGGAGUAUUCUGAUUGAUGGGUUUUGCAAAUCUGGUGAACUUGUUAUGGCGGGUUAUUUACUUGAGAAAAUGGUUGAGUUUGGGUGUUCACCAAAUGUGGUAACGUGCACCUCUUUAAUCAAAGGUUUUUUGGAAUUGAAAAUGCCAAACAACGCAUUACGAAUCCUUAGUACCAUGGAAUCGAAGGGAUGUCCUGCUGACUUGGUUCUUUGUAACGUGUUAAUAGAUUGUCUAUCUAAGACCGGGAGGUACGAUGAUGCACUUGAUGUGUUCUUUAGUUUUCCAAAACGAGAACUUGUGCCUGACUCUUAUACACUUUGUUCUGUAAUGUCAGCCGUUUGUAAGUCCAGACAAUUUGACCUUCUACCCAUACUGAUCGAUGGAAUUGCCAUACAAACUGACCUUGUGGUCUGUAACUACCUUCUGAGUUAUUUUUGCAGAGCUGGUCAUCCAGCUGGUGCUGUUGAGCUUUAUAAUGACAUGAUAGAUAGGGGUUUUGAACCUGAUGGAUACAGUUACGCUGGAUUACUAAGCGGACUAUGUGGAACGGGAAGGAUUGGUGAUGCACUCAAUGUGUACCGUGCAAUUGUCAGCAACCAGUAUUGUCUUGACCCUCACAUUCAUACCAUUAUCCUAGAUGGGCUGAUAAGAUCUGGUAAGUUUCUCGGAGCUAUCAGGUUGUUCAGGGAAGCUGUUGCAGAGAAAUACCCUCUUGAUGUUUUUUCAUAUACAGUUGCAAUUCAUGGACUUAUCAGAGGUGGUAGAAUUGGAGAGGUUUGUAGUUUGUACAGCCAAAUGAAGGAUGUGGGUGUAACUCCAAAUGCAUAUACAUACAAAAUAAUGCUCUCUGGUUUCUGUAGGGAAAAAGACAUAAAUAUGGUUCGACAAAUCCUACAAGAAAUGACUGACUCAGGUAUUAAACUGGACUAUAAAGCAUUUUAUCAGGUAAAGAAUCUCCUCCUGAAAUCUUGGCGCUCUUGUUCGGCGCUCUAUUUAUUUGUUGAGAUGUGCAAUUCAGAGUUGGUGCUUGAUAAGGCUAUGGGGGCGCUCUUACUUAAAGGACUUGCUCUUCGUGUGAAUGUAAGUGGUAAUUUGGGUGAUAAUAAAGAAGUUGACACAUCUGGCUCCGAUGAGAUUUCUGAUGUAGCUGCUUCAGUGGGUUGAGAUGUAGAGGUGGAAGGAACUGACUCCAUCUAAGCAGAUGGUGUAGGUCCUAUUCUGCGAAGCUUGUAAGGUGAUCGAUGAUAUUGGCUCGAUCAGGCUUUUUCAAGAUGGAUGCUACUUCUUGCUACAAGUUUGCCUACGCUCGUUGAGGAUGCUCACCCCCUGCAAGUACUACCUGGAUGGACGACUGGUGAACAAUGGGCCUUAUACGGAGGAAUAUAACAGCUGGCUCCCAGUUUUUUCAGAAAGUUUCCCAAGAAAUGUUACCUCGACGUGUUGAAGACUCAAAAAAAGCAUGCCAGUAGAACAUAUUUUUACUCCUCCAAAGUGGAUCGGAGUCUGUGAAUCCUUUCAGUCAAACAGUUGCUGAUGUUUGACUUUUUGGAAAUGGCUGAAGAGACAAAAAUGCUAGGGUCACCGAAAAUGUACAACGGCGUGUGGGGUCCAUUAUUUGUGUGGGACCAGAAAAUGAGCCCCACAUGCGGUACCCCUAAAAUUUGGUACCUAUACUCGGACUCCUGAAGGAACGAUGAAGCAGACAUUUCUGGUCAAAACAGUUGACGUCAAAAUGGUCAAUUUUACUGUUGUUCCUACUGUAUUGUGCUUAUGAUUGUUAGUUGUACUGUACUGUACCUCAUGCAUUCCUCUACCAAACGGUAAAAUGGCAAAGAAUACUAAUGAGACAAAGGUGAAAUUGGCUUUUUCUUUCUUUCUUGCUAUUCCAUAUUAUUUUGUAUUGAAGGAAGACUAAAAGAUUGCUAGUGUGAGUGUGAAAACUGACAGUUGCAGAACUGGUUGAACUGGUAGUUGGGGGAUGUCUAAUUGUUACAACGCAACCUCUGGGGGAGUUAAGCAGCUGAGGAGUUGGCUGGUGACCAUUAGGUGAAUACCUACUGUUCAAAAAGUCAUUGGCAAAUGUGCUUGCUAGUCCUUGAUGAAGAACUUCAACGAUCUCUUCUAAAAAUCCAGAGAGAGAGAGAGAGAGAGAGAGAGAGUCCUGUGGCUGUGUAGAUGGUAGUCAUUGUUAAGUUAUUAUUGGUGGGAGGAUGAAUAAUGGGUAUGCAUCCCCAUCAUCAUCUCCUCCCACACCUCCAUCUCCUCUUCCAGUAAGUGUAGGUCCAAACCACCAGAGGUAUUUCUUCUCUUCAUCUCCAUCUCCCUCCCCUCCCUUCUCUCCACCUCCUUCCAGCCAUACAUCUGCCGAGAACAUACCACUUCUAAUUACAAAUGACGACAAGUCCACCCCACGUCUAGCGACUUCAGCAUUCUCAUUGGAUCGUCCGGCCACUGCUGAUGAUUUGGAUUCCAAAAGUUCAUGCCUCAAAGACUUGUUGGAAUGGCUGGUAUUAAGAUGCUGCCACUGCUCCUCUCAGUCGCCUUGAUUUGAUAAUCCCAUCCCAUCUACAUCCACCACUCCAGUAUAUAAACACCCAAAACUACUCCAAAUUCGUCAAUUUUCACACGUUGACUUUUGUUUUGGCCGGGCAAUUUUUUUUCUUUUUCAAACUCAUCGAUGGAGGUUUUGCUGACACUUUAUAGGACAGGGGAUCAAAUGAUAAGGUGUUAAGGAUUUAUAGAUCUUGUAUUGGUAAUUGAGUGUAACUUAUACAACAAUUCAAUCGUACGGAAGUUAAUUUUCUUUUA